GCUCCCAGCGUGCAGCGUUUCCUGCUGAACGCCUCUCGGUCGCUGUCCGCCGCGCCCGAGCUGCGGGUGCUCGGGGAGGGCUGCUGGAUCGAGUACUUCAAGUCGUGGCUGAGGCAUAGCGAGAACCAGGAGUUCCCUGUGCGGGCCUCGCAGUUCCAGCACUACGUUUCGAAGUUCGCGUACGCGGGCAUCAUCAUGGACUGGACCAGCAUGCCCGUGGGCGACGCCAUGUGGUUCAACGAGAACUCGGAGCUCGUCGCGACCAUGAUGGACUUCAGCGUCCCCUUCUCCUUCGGCCACUCUGCCUCCGCGGACCUGCUGGCGUUCAAGGAGCAGUGGGACGGAGAGAUCGCAGCGCUGAGUCACAGGUCGCCGAUCGGCACAGGAGACAUGUGGGGCACCUCGCGGCUGUGGAUCCGCGCCGAAGCCGAGCAGGCGAUCAUUUACAGCACGAUGAACACCAUGAUCGUCAGCUCCGCCUGUGCCUUCGCAGGUGCGCUCUUCUUCACGCGAUUCAACCUGCCGUUGUCUGUGCUGGUCUUCCUGACCGUCUCCUGCGUGACCAUCUGCUUGGCCUGGUUCAUGUCCGCAGUGCUCGGGUGGCUGUUUGGAGUCGUUCAGGUGCUGGGCCUCAUCAUCUUCGUCGGCUACAGCAUCACCUACUCCAUCCACAUCGCCGCCAAGUACUCCGAGCUGACCUCCGACAGCGCAAGGUCAGAGGCGGACCACGGCACGCAGCGGCGCGAGGCGGUGACGCAGACGCUGCACGCCAUGUCCAGCCCGAUCAUGGGCUCCGCGGUGACGACCCUCGGCGCGAGCUUCUUCCUCUUCUUCUGCAGGCUGCAGAUUUUCGUGAAGCUCGCCACCGUGCUCUUCACGCUCCUCGGCAUCGCCGGGUCCCACCGCAGGCUGGAGGACAGCCGGCGCUCUGGCGAGGACACGGAGCUGCAGGACCCGGCGGCGGGCCUCGGCGCGCUGGGCGACCUGCCCGGGGAGCUGGCGCCUGAGUUCUCGCCCUUCGCCCUGGAGUCGACGUCGUGUCUCGAGGAGGCCAAAUACACGUUGAAGGAGUGCUUUGCGUUUCCCGAGGCCCGCGUCGGAGUUGCCGAGGGAGCGCGGCGCGACGACGCGGCUCGGGCGGCAGCCGACAGCUCCAUCCAGGAGCGGGAGGUCUCGCAGCACGAUGUCUCGGAGCAUUCGGCGCUGGACGCCGAACCCGUCGCCGAACCCAACGAGCCGCCCCUCCUCUCCAACUUCGGCUCGAUGGCCCACGAGCGGGAGCUCGCGCCGCCCGCCCUCUUCGACCUCGCCCCCGAUUCGACUGAGCUGACCCUGGGCGGCGGCAGCCACGGGCGGUUGGGCGCGCUCCAGCGGUGCGCGGCGGCGAGCGUUGCAGCCCCUCUCGCUCUUGGCGGGCCUGCGGGGCGCUCGGCGGCCCUCGGCCGCCUCUCGCAGGCCCAGCUGUGCAACGAGCAGGCUCGGCAACUCUGCUCGGCCGCCCCGCUGGCCUCGCGCGCUAGCGCCGCCGGAUGGCAAACUAGGGCUCGGCAGAAGCGGACGACCCUCAAGGGCUCGCCUCGCGGCGCCCUUGAACUGCCGCUGGCGCGCCCCGAGGGUGCUUCGGCUGACCGUUCGCGAUGA